UCCUUUUCUCUUUUUAUGUCAAUUCUUGUUUCUUACUCCAAGGUUGAGGACGAUCGAGUCAAACUUCAUAAACCCAUUUACAAAAAUGGCAGUCCUAAAAGCUGGAAGUAGACCACCAUGGGUGGGACUUGCAGCAGCUGUUUGGGUCCAGAUCGCAGCUGGGAACGGCUACACUUUCCCUCUCUACUCUUCUUCACUCAAAUCAGUUCUGGGUUUCACUCAGCAACAGCUCACUCUUCUUGGUGUGGCCAAUGAUAUUGGAGAGAACGUUGGUAUUCUUCCAGGCAUCGCCUGCAACAAGUUCCCUCCUUGGGCUGUUCUCUUAGUUGGUGUUUGUACUUCUUUCUUGGGGUUUGGUGUUGUUUGGCUUGCUGUUAGCCAGACUGUUCCCUCCUUGCCUUACUGUGUUUUAUGGCUCGCACUUUGUGUUGCCACCAACAGCAAUGCAUGGUUAGGUACUGCCGUACUUGUUACAAACAUGCGGAAUUUCCCUCUCAGUCGGGGAACAGUUGCUGGAAUUCUUAAAGGCUAUGUUGGGCUCAGUGCUGCGGUAUUUACAGAGGUGUACACUAUGGUGCUUAGUGGGUCAGCUUCAAAGUUGUUGCUGUUCCUAACGUUGGGUGUUCCCAUUAUUUGUUUGGCCAUGAUGUACUUUAUUCAGCCUUGUACCCCACCUUCUGGAGAAGACUCUUCGGUGCAUGUCCAUUUUCUUUUCACCCAAGGAGCAAGUCUCGCACUUGCCAUCUACCUUCUCACAACCACAAUAUUAAAAGACAUCUUAUCCUUUAAUGAUGUCGUUAGCUAUACAUUGGUUGCUGUAAUGAUUAUUCUUCUUAUUUCUCCUCUUGCAAUCCCCAUCAAAAUGACGUUAUUCCCCACAACUCGCAAACUAGCUGGUUCUUCAGAAGAUUUGACUGCAGGAGAAGGCGACUCAAACCAAAUAGAUCCUUUAUUGACACCAUCUUCAUCAGCAACAUAUCUUGGAGGUAUUGAUGAUACCGAAGAUUUUUCAGAUGUAGAGACGCUUCUGGCAGUGGGGGAGGGGGCAGUGAAGAAGAAAAGAAAACCCAGAAGAGGUGAUGAUUUCAAAUUUCGUGAAGCAAUAAUCAAGGCCGAUUUCUGGCUUCUCUGGAUAGCAUACUUCCUUGGGGUAGGUUCUGGGGUAACUGUUUUGAAUAAUUUGGCGCAGAUUGGAGUUUCACUAGGUGUGGAUGAUACAACUAUAUUGUUGAGUCUAUUCAGCUUUUGCAAUUUUUUGGGCCGUCUGGGGGCAGGUGCUGUUUCUGAACACUUUGUGAGGUCAAAAACAAUUCCUCGCACACUUUGGAUGACGGUCACACAAGUAAUCAUGAUCAUUAUAUUUCUUCUAUAUGCUUCAGCUCUCAGUGGCACCCUUUAUAUUGCAACUGCAUUGCUAGGAAUCUGCUAUGGAGUUCAGUUUGGAGUCAUGAUUCCAACAGUCUCUGAGCUUUUUGGCUUGAAACAUUUUGGUAUUAUCUUCAACUUCAUGCAGCUGGGCAAUCCUCUUGGUGCACUUCUCUUCUCAGCUCUGCUUGCUGGUCAAGUAUACGACACUCAGGCAGCUAAGCAACAUGGAUCCUCUUGCUUUGGUCCCAGCUGCUUUAGGCUCACUUUCUUGGUCCUAGCUGGAGCCUGUGGUCUGGGCACUAUCUUGAGCCUAAUUCUCACAUUCAGAAUCAGACCAGUCUACCAAAUGCUUUAUGCUGGGGGUUCCUUCCGUCUGCCACAAAAUUCUGACCACUGAUAACUAGAGAUUUUUGAACUACUUAUAAUUCAAUUAUCAAGAUAUAUAUGUUUUUUCUCAGUUAUUUUGACUCGAGACAAAACUUGCGGUUUGUGUUCACUAUAUGCAGUUUCUGGAGCUGUAAAAUUUUCAAGCUUCAGCUCUCUCUGAACUGAGGAUUUAUCUGUUGUGGGACUUUGGUUCGUUAGGGAAACCUUUGAACUAUCUGAGGAUUUAUCUACAUGUCUGUUAUAACCAUAAUACAUCAAUACCAGUAGUGGUCAACGUGACUAUUAUUCAUCUUCAAUGACUUAAAUUGCUGUAUCCAGUUCGGUGGGAUGCUAAUCUUUAUUUCAAUACCCAACAAGAUGAGACCUGUUGAUGCUCUUUAUUGAAGAACACAGGUACUCCUUUCUAGAUUUAUGUACUAUUACCUUGUAAUUGAUGCAUAAUUGCAUAAUAGCAC